AAUUAUUUGGACGCUUGAAAAACAAACGCUUUAACAACGAAGAUCUUGCAAAUGUAAUUUUGCAGAAGGGUCUGCUAGAUUAUAAAUUGGACGCUUGAAAUACAAACGCUUUAACAACGAAUUCUUAAAAACGGACAAUGGCAAGGAAUUCAACAAUGCUGAUUUAACCUCCGUAAUGGAGGAAUUUAAGACCAGGCACGUUAACGGCCGACCCUAACACCCACAGGCUCAAGGUCGCGUGGAGAGGUUCAAUAGAACUGUUGUUGCAUACUUCAGGACACAGUUCGUGGACACCAGAGAUUGGCCGUCUAGCCUUCCAGAGUUUUAUUACAAGUUCAACAACCGUGUGCACAGGUCUACUAAGUCCAUGACUCCACAUCAGAAUUUUUUCAAGCGACCCAACUUUUCCGUUGUCGUUGAAGAACAGAUUCCAAUGUGUAACGUGACUAGAAAGGAAAGAGAGUUUUUAGAGAAAGCCCAUAUCGAUGUAGAGGAAGAUGAUGCAGAUGAAAACAUUGACAUUGACGCCGCGGGGAACAAAAACAAAGAGUCAGAGUCUGGUGUAAGUUCACACUAUAAGGACCUGUACGAACGAAGAUUUCAAAGUCCGCCAGCAACGCACAACAAAACACGGUACUCGGACUCUUUUUUCGGAAUGAAAGAGAACCCUGAUCAUUGGAACUAUGAUCACUACCCCCAUGGAACUGUUUUCCAGGAAACCGGCUCCGUUAGCGACACUGGAAAACUUCGACCCGAACAUGGGCGACUUUGUAGAUUUUAAACCAAAUUCUGCCCUUUCCGCCGGAACAAAUGUGUUUCUGUCUGGUUACUGGAGAAAAGGACGGGUGAUGAAAAUUGACAUAUAUGAUUUCAAAGUGAUGAUCUUUACGGUGGAAGAUUGUGAAUACGGAAAAGUGCACCUUCUCUCGAAAUAUCUUUUGCGCCCCAGUAUGCUUUUAAUCGGGGGAAGGGAAGUGAACUAUAUGAAUAAUGACUAUGACCUCAGUGUUUUUGUUUUUAAUUUCUAAUUUGUUUUAAUUUCGAACUUACGUAAGUCGUUUCGUAUAUGAAUUGAUUGUAUAAAAUCGGAUCUUGCACAGUUUUGCUCCAGUUUUGUGAACCAUCGGACUUUGGUAUGACACACCAUCGGACUUUGGUGAAUGACGUCAACCAUCGGACUUUGGCGUGUCACACCAUCGGACUUUGGCGUGACUGUCGGACUUUGGUGUGAUCGUCGGACUUUGGAGUGCCAACACACUUUGGAGUCCUGCAUAUAAACUCCUAAACCUCGCAAAAAAUGUAAUCGUCCCAAUGUAAUCUCAAUCAAAUUUGAUGAAAGAAUUUUCACGUAAUCAAAUAUAUAUUUUCAAAUAUUAGCCCCGCACGAAAUGAAACAUUUCUGUAUUAAACAUAUAUAUGUUCCUGAAUGAAUGCGAAACAUAUGGAAUAACAAUCAGGAGUAUUUUGUCAUAACAUUUUGUGCGACUGAGUUAACCCCCAAAAAACUAAAUGUAAUAGUUCUUUGCAGGUCUUUAUUGAUUUGAUCCUAUAUUCUU